CAAAUAAGAAGCAGCUGAGGCGAACAGACGUCAUUCGCAGUUUUUUCUAAAUUAAGGCACGAAUUUUGACUUCUCAAGCUUAAGAGAUGCGUCUAACCUCGAUCCUGAACGGUGCCCAUUUCGGCAAUUUGGCCAAGGUGCAUGGAAUUAUCACCUAUAAGCUUUCCCCGUUCGAGCAGCGCGCCUUCGCCGGCGCCAUCAGCAAUGGGCUGCCCAACAUAGUGCGUCGCCUGCGCUCCAACAUCUUUCGUGUAACACCACCAUUUAUCAUUGGUUAUUUGAUUUACGAUAUGACCGAACGCAAGCACACAGCCUUGAUGCGCAAGAAUCCCGCUGAUUAUGUCAAUGACGAAUAGGCGAACGAACUGUCUCCUAGCAAAUUAAUCAUGUUAAGCUUAUUAAUAAAACUAUAAACCCACAGUUCAA